AUGUCAUCUUCGUCCACAGUGGGAUCCAGUCCCUUGGACGCUGGCUUUGGAUCUCCUCCUGUGGAUAAUCGACAUGAAUUAUAUAGUGAGUCGGGUGGACUAGAGGAUCAAGAGAAGCGUUUAGAGGGACAUGGUCAGCCAGAAAGUGAAAAACAGCUCGAAGCUGGAAAUGAAAGCGAGAGCCAGAACCAGAGUCAGAAGCUACAAGUGAAUCAAAGACGUGUAUCUGAUCAUGACCUGUAUAAUGACCAUGAAAAUGGCAAUGAAAACCAUCCUAUCCCACUAUCUCUGGGCCCUAAAGAUGAAGAGAAUCAGAACGAGCCAGAAAUGGCCAAGAUCACUACAAAUGCAAGCAGUUUUCAACCUCCUGUGACUAUAUAUGGGCCCUAUGAGCGAUAUUUAAUUACUGGUAUAGCGUCAUGGGCAGCCUUUUUCUCGACUGUGUCGGUGCCUAUUUAUCUACCUGCAUUUUCAGCUAUUGGAGCCGACUUUCAUGUUUCUACAGAAAAGCUAAAUCUUACGGUGACGGUGUACUCCGUCUUCCAGGGCCUGUCUCCAGCGUUUUGGGCACCCAUGUCUGACGCUUACGGGAGAAGACCAGUCUACUUUUUAUGCUUUAUGUUAUAUAUUGGCGCAUGUAUAGGACUGGCUCUGGCCAAAGACUACUGGACUAUAUUCGGACUUCGAAUGCUUCAGGCUGCUGGCAUUGCAUCUACAGUCGCUACAUUAAAUGGCGUUAUAGCAGAUAUCACCUCAAGACGGAAUCGAGGUAUAUACAUGGGUAUCUCGGGUGGUAUUGGGCUUCUAGGGAAUUGUUUUGGACCAAUUAUUGGUGGUGGUAUAACUCAAGGAAUGGGCUGGAGAUCCAUUUUCUGGUUCCUAGUUAUCGCUGCAUGUGUCACUUUAUUGGCCAUUGUAUUUUUACUUCCAGAAACCAACCGGUUUAUUGCAGGAGACGGGUCUAUCUAUCCAUCGAAUGUGAUUAACAUGUCUCCAUAUGCAUUUAUUCGACACAAGACUCGGGGAGUCCCUUUUAUCAAAGGUGAGCCUGAAUAUGACCCAUCAGUGAUUCCUGAGCGAACAAACCGAGUUAGCUUUUUCGGAACCAUCAAAUUGCUACGAGAAUUGGACGUGGUUUUAGUUUUGAUUCCAAACGCAUUGCAUUAUACCACCUGGUUCAUGGUACUCACUUCCAUGUCAAGUUUAUUAAGUUCCGAGUAUGGAUUUUCGUCAUCCAAAGUAGGUUUGGCAUAUUUGGCAAGCGGUGCAGGUAGUUUGCUUGGAAGCAUUGUAUCUGGUCGAUUAAUGACAUAUCGAUACCGGAAAGUGCUUGCUCAAUUCAAGGCAGACUGUGCUGCUAAAGGGAAACCUGUCAACAUGCACGAGUUCACCAUUCAAAAGGCAAGAAUGGAUGUCACCAUGGCGGCAUCUAUAAUUUUAUGCGGAUCUUGCAUAAUCUACGGAUGGACCAUUCAGAAGCAUGUCCACUAUAUUGUACCCAUUCUGUCGACAUUUUUAACUUCGAGUUCUGCCACAUAUGUGAUUAACACCUCUAGUACUCUACUGGUUGACUUGUUUCCCAACGAGUCUGCUAGCUCGACAGCAGUAGUCAACUUAACACGAUGCCUUCUUUGUGCUGUCGGACUAGCAGUUGUGGACAAGAUGAUUCGCUCGCUAGGAGCAGGAGGAGCUUUCACGUUGAUGUCAGGUAUUUGCAUACUAUCUAUGGCCCUGAUUCAGAUUGAAAUUAACCAUGGCCAGAAAAUAGACCGAAGACGGAGAGCUAGAAAAGGGCUUGACAACCAGCGUCUGUGA